AAAAUGUGGUAUAUAGUAUAGUAUACAUACUAUUUUCCAACAAGUCAAAAUCUAAAGUGAUGUUAUAACUGACAUCAAAACUAUUAACGACCGUGCCAAAUAAAAAACUACCAUUAUAUGCGUCACUGGAUGGUGCAAUUUAAACAAACAUCAAUUUCCACCAUUAUAUACUAUAUAGUGUAACUCAAUUCACAAUCACAUUCAUUAGAACAUUAUCAUGGGAAACCAAAUCUCAUUUCGGCCUUCAGAUUCAAGAGGUAAAGUUGUUUUCUUAGAUGGUUCAGUUCAUGAAUUCGAGGAACCGAUAACUGCGGCCGAGCUAAUGAUGGAUCAUCCACAGAAAGUAGUAGUUGAGUUUCAUGCAGCUGUGAAUCAGAAAAGGCCAACACCAUUGCCUGCUGACAAGAAGCUAGAGACGAACAAGAUAUAUCUGAUGCUUCCUGUGAAGCAAGGGAAGGCUGUUGGUUUAAGCGGCGAAGAAACUCGGCGCGUUUUGUUGAUGGUUAAUUCUGUUUUGCAUUCUAAUUAUGUUUUGUGUUCUACUAAGAUUUUUCCUUGGUUUAGUAGUUUAUGUCAUAGUAGUGAAAUUGUGGAGCCACGGAGAAAGGAGGAGAUGAAGGAGGAAGAGGAGGAGAAGGGAGGGAGAUGCGAUUUUUCGGAGAAUUUGCCGGAAAUAUUGGAAGGGAGGCCUGAUUAUUUGAAUAGGCAGAUUUCAGGGAAAGGGUGGAAGCCUAGUUUGGAUACUAUUAAGGAGAAGAAUACUGAGAAAAAACAUCCUCAUUGGUUGUUUCUCAAGAGUUUUUAGUGAUGGUUUAUUUUAGUUAUGGUUGGUAAUUAGUGAAAAUGUUGGAUUUAUGUGGAAUUUUAUUAUCUAUGUGUCUUGUUUAACUGUAUUUGUAUCUUAGAUGUGAUUAGAUUCUUAAUUUGAAUAUUAACUUCUGUAAAUUAAGCAGAUCAAGUGAAAUAGUAAAAAAGAGUUUCUUUA